AUGAAGAAGAAUUAUUGUUAUUCUGAUUUAAAAGACAGAUAUAAUCAUACUUGUUAUUACUUUUCCCCUGUCUGUCAAUCUAUCUAUCUAUCUAUCUAUCUAUCUAUCUAUCUAUCUAUCUAUCUGUUCUGUUCAUAUCUAUCUAUCUAUCUAUCUAUCUAUCUAUCUAUCUAUCCCAGUCUCUUAAUAUCUAUCUAUCUAUCUAUCUAUCUUAGGCUGCAAUCAGUGAUAUCUCAAUCAAUCUCUUUCUCUCUAUUUACCUAUCUCUUUCUCUCUUUUUUAUUUUUCACCCAUUAUAAUUACUUUGCUUUCUCUACUUCCUUCCCUCUGUCUUUUGUCUCUCCUCCUUUUUUCUCGUUCUUCUCCUCUACUCUCUCUAAUUUACUCCCACUCAUUCUUUAUGUGUCUCCUACUCUCUCUUUAUUUUCUUUUCUUACUCCUUUCAUUCUUUUGCUGCUAUAUUUGUCGCCACAUAAUUCUCCCUCUCUAUCUGAAUCUCUCUCUCUCCUCUAUCUACAUAUAUAUAUAUAUAUAUAUAUAUAUAUUAUAUCAUAUUUUCUGUCUUCUCAUGGCUCUAUCUCAGUUUCUUUCUUUCUUUCUUCCUUUUCUUUUGCUGCUUCAUUUUUCUCUCCACCUCAUCCCCCCCUCUCUCUCUCUCUCUCUCUCUCUCUCUCCUCUCUUUAUCAGUCUAUUUAUCUGCACAACAAUUUUUCUGCAUCUUAUCCUACUUAA